GGAAGGAAGGAAGGAAGGAAGGAAGGAAGGAAGGAGAAGGAGAGAGUACAAUGGAUCCUAGGACUGCGAAAUCUGUAGUUCGUGGGAAUAUCGGCAAGCCAAAAUUAUCCCUAAAUUAUCCACCGUGCUGAAAUUUGAGAUAAUCUCCCUUUGCAAGCCGAGUUCAUUUAUUCGGAAAUCACCAAGGGAUUUUGGAAAAACCACUUCUGAGAGAUGUGCUACGUCAUCUCACUGCUGUUUAAUUGCCUGCACUUAAAACUGAGGAGGAAAUUUCAUUAUGGCAGUUCUCCCUUCAACCUAUAACAUCAGCAGUGGUGGCUGAGCCGAAGUUCCUGUGUUCCAAGAAGAGAAUGUAUAAAAGGAAUGGCCUCAUGGCCAAUGUGACUGUGACCUCCGCCACUCCAGAGGGCAGUAGCAGCUCUGACUCUCUGGAAGGACGGAGUUCGGACUAUGCUCACAAGAGCUACGAUGCUGUCGUGUUUGACGUGCUAAAAGUAACUCCAGAGGAGUUUGCAAGUCAGAUUACAUUGAUGGAUAUGCCAGUAUUUAAAGCUAUACAGCCAGAGGAACUUGCAAGUUGCGGAUGGAAUAAAAAAGAAAAACACAUCCUCGCCCCUAAUGUUGUUGCUUUUACAAGGAGAUUUAAUCAGGUCUGUUUCUGGGUGGUACGAGAAAUUUUAACAGCCCAGACCUUAAAAAUAAGGGCCGAGAUCCUCAGCCACUUUGUGAAAAUAGCAAAGAAACUUCUAGAACUUAACAACCUUCAUUCUCUCAUGUCUGUGGUGUCAGCUCUCCAAAGUGCACCUAUUUUCAGGUUGACCAAAACCUGGGCCCUUUUGAACCGCAAGGACAAGACCACUUUCGAGAAGCUGGACUACUUAAUGUCGAAGGAAGACAAUUACAAGAGGAUGCGAGAGUACAUCCGAUGCUUGAAGAUGGUGCCCUGCAUUCCUUAUCUGGGGAUUUAUCUCCUGGACUUAAUCUACAUCGAUUCAGCCUAUCCAGCUUCCGGCAGCAUCAUGGAGAACGAACAAAGAUCUAAUCAAAUGAACAACAUUCUCCGAAUCAUUGCUGAUUUGCAAGUCUCUUGCAGCUACGAUCACCUUCUAAUGUUACCCCACGUGCAAAAAUACUUGAAGUCCGUCCGGUAUAUUGAAGAGCUUCAAAAAUUUGUGGAAGACGACAACUACAAAUUGUCCCUAAGAAUCGAGCCAGGAAACAGUUCGCCACGGCUGGUCUCAUCAAAAGAAGACCUUGCAGGUCCGUCCGAAGUGUCGGCAGCUGUGAGGUUCAGCAGGAGGCCCACCUGUCCUGACGCCUCGGUAGCGGCCAGCAUGCACACCCCUCCUGUACCACGACACAGGAAGAGUCACAGCCUCGGAAACAAUAUGAUGUGUCAAUUCAGUGUAGUAGAAAGUAAAAGCGCCACCUUCCCAACAGAGAAACAGCGCCACCUGCUGGAUGACAGUGUCUUAGAAUCUCACAGCCCUGUCAGGAACCACCCGCUAAAUUCUGUUUUCACCAAUGGUGUUUCACUAGAAAGCAGCGAAAGUUCGGAAUUCAGCGAAGAACCAUCAUUGGGGCUGGAAAGGGGUCGGUUGUAUGCAACACUGGGGCCCAACUGGCGGGUGCCAAUUCGGAAUUCACCCAGAAGUCGGAGCUGUGUCUACAGCCCAGCAGGUGCCUGCAGUUGCAGAUCGGGGGCUUCCAUGGGCGUGGUGACUAUGGAAGGCCCCCUGAGAAGAAAGACGUUGCUGAAGGAAGGCCGGAAGCCUACGCUGUCUUCCUGGACCAGAUACUGGAUUACUCUCUCGGGAUCCACUCUGAUCUAUUUCGGAGCCAAGUCCUUAAGGGGCAGCGAGAGGAAGCACUAUAAAUCGACUCCUGGAAAAAAAGUUUCCAUUGUGGGCUGGAUGGUAGCCCUUCCUGAUGAUCCUGAACAUCCUGAUAUUUUUCAGCUGAACAACCCAGAUAAAGGCAAUGUUUACAAGUUCCAGACCGGCUCCAGGUUUCACGCAAUAUUGUGGCACAAACAUUUGGAUGAUGCCUGCAGAAGCAACAGGCCUCAGGUACCUGCAAACCUUAUGUCAUUUGAGUAACCUGCUCCAGUGUGCGGUAUAACGUCCAGUGCCAAACUACAAGAUGGGAAGAUGGGUUUCCAUUGAAGCAAGGAGGAAAGACUUCAGAGCAAACCAGCUGUCUCCCACAGCGACUUCAGCACUUUUCUAUGUUAACUUGAAAGUAAUUAUGAUACAGCUUCUAGAAACAGAAAUGUGAAUGUUAUCCUUGGGACAGGAUCUAACUCACUGCACUGAUGAAAGAGAGGAUUUGGUCUGUUUGGAGAUGCAGCCUGACCCAUCACAGGAUCGUUGGGUCCUUAACUCUAGCCGUGGAGGUCCCGACGGCUGUGGAUUUUUGUCCUGCCACAAAUUUAUCUGUCACAUCUCUGCAGAUGUUUUUUUUUUUUAACUGCUCUUUUUACGGUCAAGCUGCUUUAUGUGACUCAAGAACUUUUAGCCCAUGUUGGGUUUACAGUUAUUUCUAAUGCACAAAACAACAAACAUUUGACAGUGUUAACUUGCUGCAGAGUGUCAAUUAGAAUAGAAACGUUGUGAAACGACAUUUUUUUAUAACCUUAAGUGCACUGAGCUGCUUCACCCUGUGGCUGCCUCAGAUUUUUGUAUCAAACGUAGGGAUGCGACCGACGUCCCGAACCGAAGCUAUUUGGGAAAUGUGUAUUUUGGCACAAGAUAAAAAUAUCACCUGUGAUUUUUUUUUUCCUGUUUGUAACUCAUAAUUAAUUGUGCUGUAUUUUGUGGUGGUUGUUUUGUUUUGUUUUGUUUUUUAAAUUAACUGGAGGUACCCCUGGCAACAAAGGGACUAAUUGCUACUGUAAUACGCUCGGUUUUAAGGCUCCUUAACUUCAUCCCAAAGGAAAGAUUUGCCUUCAAUUGUGUGGCUUGGGGGCUGUUCAUCCAAAAUGUCCCACUGGGUGAGCUUCUCCUACAUCCCCCGCCCCCCAGGGCUGGUUUUAGAACUUCCCAAUCCCAGAAAAGCUUUUGUGGAGGGGAAAGUAUUAAUGAGGACUCUCCUUCCCCUGUUUCUCCUAAAAGAGAGAAGGUUUUCACCGAACCCAAAUCCCAUUCUACCCAGCCAGAAAGUCAAGUGUUCUUUGGAGCAAGCUAGAAUAGCCAAAAUGUCCCCCGUUACUUGAUUGCCCAACCAUGCCUUGCAACGAAGUCAUGAGCUGCUUCGUGGCAUCUUGGGGGGGGGGCAGCCAAAUGACCCAGCUUCUUAAUCCAGAUGUGGGGAAGCCAAUGGUCAUUUUGGAUAAACAGUGCCCUUGGCUUGAAAGUCCGGCGUACUUCAAGAGCGUGCCAGUUACCAAUCUGGCUGGAUCUUGGUUCUCUUCCAAGCCGUUGUUUACUUUACGUGUAUGCUUAAUGUCUUCGCCGUUAAUGAUUGUAGUGCAUUUUUUAAGCGUCACGCCGUAUUGUCUAUCCCCUGUUCCUAAGAGCGAAGGAAGGUAAGAGAAAUUCUUGGAUUUGGACAGGAAAUGAGAACACAUGUCUCAGCCCCUGGCAUUUCCCCACCCCCCACCCCCCAAAUCCUUGUUUUCUCUUGGGGUGAAAUUCUUGGAAGCCAUUCCAACAAAUUGGGGGGGUUACAAGUUAGGUAGUUGCUGUAGAGUUUCAGGAUGGGCAAAUUUCUGGUUGAUCAUCCCGAUGUAGCAUCCAUCGCGAUUUCUGAAUGUCUGCAAUCCAGAAUAAUUAUUCCAGAGAACUCGGGAUUUUCUGUCAGAUGGCUUAAUAACACCUCUGUGUAGGAGGAUGCACCAUUCGCCUGGAGCCUUUAAAAAGCUGCAUAAUGACCAGUAAAAAUCUGGCUUCCAACCCCAUUAACCCAGCUAGGAAAUGAAUUGCAUCUAGCAAAUUUGGGCUCCAAAUUGCAUGAAUCCCCUUUUUACAACUGUGCUAAAUUUCACUUAUCUCCCUUUAUUUAUUCAUUUUUUAAAUAAGCUGCUGAAACACCUUCUGAGAAGCAGUCAAGCAAACAAGAAACUUUUCUCUGUUAUGAAAAACCGAUUUGCAACAAAAGGGAAUCGUGUUUAUAUAUAUAUAUAAAAACAGAGGGUUGAGACUGAUGGGACUAUUAGCAAGCUGCUCAAAGGGUGUGACACCAGCAUUCAAAUGCAAUGCAGCAUUUGGUCCAAAGGGAAAAAAAAUUGGUACAAAAAUGAAACCUGUUGCUUAGAGAGUAAAAUACAGACAGCGGACUCCUUUCUUAAAAAAAAAAAAAAUCAAGUUUUUAAUUCCUAUUUACACCGAGGAUUGGACUAGUGCAAUAAAAUUAACCCGAUUCAUAAACUUUCUGGUUUGGUGAUUAGCAAGUUAAUUAAAGUUAAAUGACUAAUGGCAGCAGCCCAAGCCAGACAUCGUUUUAAGUCAAGAAAAGAGGUGCUUUUUAAUGAAAUCCUUUUGAAAGGACGCGAUAGCAGUUUCCUAUGUUCGCACCCACCCCCCAACCAUGCAAAGACUAAGCAAAUCUAUGAAAUUGUACGUGUGCUGAAUUUUAAGUUAGUCUGACUUCCAGAAACGAAGUUCAGGAUUUGAUUGUCAAAAGCUUUCAGAACAAACAAAAAAAUUAUUAUUGAUUUACUGGGUGAGAACGAGGAAGGGGGGAAUCCCCCCUCCCACUCUAAAAAUAUCCUUGUCUUAAAAAGGAGGAAGUACAAGUAUAGCUCCGUUCUCACCAACCUCCGUCAUUUUCGUUCGUCACCUUCCUGUGAAAAUUUUUCAGGACUGGAAAUUGCUAGUUUUUGUUUUUUUUUGUUUUUCUUUUUAAAUGACAUUGGAAAAUGCGCUUGUUUCGGCGUGCCCAAGUAGACACACUUCUCCAUUGUUAACGAAAGAAACUUGCAGGUGUUUGCAGAGAGAAUGAAUGCCAAAAUCUUGAAAGUCCCUCUGUAUUUGGAAUGUAGGAAACUGGUUUUCACUUACUUUUUUUUUUAAUUAAUCAUUAAAAGAAAAAGAAAAAAAGAAAAAAGAACCAGUGUUGCAAAAGGAAGGUUUGCCAUGGGUUUUUUUUGACUUUGGUAGAGCGAUAUUAAGUAAGCACUGUGGCUCACAGCCCGGAGAAAACUGUACAGUAAAGACGGAGUGACAUGGUGUUUCGUUCAGCAAUACAGGCAGCAGGGUGGUUUGAAAAAUGUGAAAUAAAUGAGUAAUAGAACAGUGUCUUCUUCUUUCUUCUUCUUCUUCUUCCUCCUCCUCCUCCUCCUCCUCCUCUUCUUCUUCUUCUUCUUCUUCGUCUUCUUCUUCUUCUUAGCAUAAUCCACGUUUAAAUGGUAAUUGUCCUAUGAAAAGCAUGAGGAUUCUAUAGCUUUUUUUUUAAACUUUUUUUAUUGUGCAUCUUUGACUGUGAAUUAAGCAGGUGCAAAUUGAUACUAUUGGGUCUCCCCCAGAAAAGCCCUCCUCAUCCAAAGCCCCCCCCACAUAUCUGUCCAAUGACGGGUAGGGCCAAAGCUCGGUAAAUGUGAAGUUUUCCACUUUGGGAAAGGACCUUCCGAGCUGGCGUUCGAUGAGAUGGGCAUCACAAGAGGGAAAGGACAAGUGGCGAGAUCCACUAAGGAGGUACUAUAUGGCUACUACCGCACGUGUGAAAAGAGUACUUUCACACACAUACACCCAUCUCUGUUGAAGCUCCUUCAACCAGAGACGUCGUCUUGGCAGCCCGGGUGAAGCGAAACGGGUUGAGGUCGAAGUUGCCUUCGGUUGAAGGAAUGGAGAUGGGCGCGCAUGUGUGGACAUAUCUGUGCUCCAAGGGAGGUUAUUUUAUUUUUAUUUUUAUUUUUGCCUUUGAAACCUGACCUACCCUGUCCAGCCCGGGACAAGUCGCUCUUUUGGGACUGACCGCCGUUUAGCCACUUUUGGGGGGGAAAAACGGUCCCCGUCCAUCGAUUUCCACGACGACAAUCCAUGUAGCAGCGUAUCGAGGCAACAUUCGUUCUUCUUAAUUUAUUAGCUCGUGUAAACCUAGUGCCAAAAAUGCAUGGUGGAUUGGUUUUUCUGGUUUUUUUUUUUUUUUCCAAGUAGCACUCGAUGGAUGCAGAAACCAGAAGUGUCUGGUUUUCAGCCGUAUUGGCCUUUGUGGUUUCUAGAUUUUUGGUUUCAUUUUCCUCGGUGAGACCUAGUUGCACUAUUUUAAUUUAUUUUUUUUUCCCCCACGUUCCUUUCAGCCAUAUUUCCAGCGGUCCACUGCAUGGCAUUUUAUUGUAAAGGCCUUUUCUCUCUCCCACGCCUUGUGAAUUUGUCUCCUUCCGGAUGAAACUACGGAUGUUUUUUCACCCUCCUGUGGAAGUCUUUUUUUUAAGUUUGUUUUUUGUUUUUUGUUGUUUUUUUUUUUCUUCUUCUUCUGGCAAAGUAUUUUGUUACCUCAGUCUUCUAUCGGGUUGCUGUAUUUUUCAGCUUGUUACAUUGAUAAUAACUGUUUCACUAAAUAAAGCAAAAACUUUAAUGUAAAAAAAAAUAAUAAAUGGCUCGGGUGUU